AUGGAGGCGCUGCGGGCGGCGGGGCGCGCCGUGCUGCGGAGCCCGCGCCUCGCCCGGCACGGCCUGGGGCUCCGCCGGCGGCGCAAACUUCCCGAGAGCUGGGCUGAUAUGCAGGAGCCGCUGCUUGAGGGGAUGUGCUUCACACUCAAGUAUCUAGGCAUGACACUGGUAGAAAAGCCCAAAGGAGAAGACAUGGCUGCUGCUGCCAUCCGGAGGAUCAUGGCCACGGCACGAGUGGGAGCUCGCAAGUUCCAGAAGGUGAUUCUGACAGUGUCUCCAAGGGGAAUCUCACUGCAGGAUGCAGACACAAAAGAGAUGGUUGAGAACAUCUCCAUCUACAGGAUCUCCUACUGCACAACAGACAAGCUGCAGAACAAAGUCUUCGCUUACGUUGCCCAGAGCCAGGAGAGUGGGGCACUGGAGUGCCAUGCCUUCCUCUCGCCCAAGAAGAAGAUUGCUCAGGCUGUGACUCUGACGGUGGCCCAGGCCUUCCAGAUGGCACUGGAUCUCUGGGAAGCAGCACAUGCAGGCUCUAGGCAGGAACAGCCCCUUCACCCUUCAUGUGUCUUGGAGAGCAGUGAGCCCAGCAGAUCAAGUGAGCCAGCCCCCCCGGGGAGCCCUCCCUUCAGACACCAGUUUGGGGAGGAGGAAGAGGAGGAGGAAGAUGAUAACAUCGGCGAAACUUUAUCUGGCAGCAUGGAGGAGCUGGCAAUGGGAGCCCACAGCCCAGCUGAGUCAGCACCUCUUGUGCCUAGAGCAAGCUCUCCUACUGCACAGCUACUGUGCUACCGUGUGGGGCAGCCCCCAGACAGCUGGAAGGGGCUGGGAGAGGCUGGAGACCUCCCCACAGCUGGCCCCAGGACUGCUGGCCCCAAGACUCCCCUGGGCUAAGCCAAAUCUCCGCAACAAUGACCAGCCACUCAGGAUUCACCCUGUGCCUGCACCCGGGCCAGACAGUGCCUGGCACUGCCCCUGCCGCUGCCUGCCAGGCACGGUGUCAGCUGGCACU